AACUGAUACGAAAUACUGCUUUUAGUAUUAUAACAAUUAGCAUGUGUCCGGUAAGAACACAACAAACAGCAGUCGUAUCAGAAAAAUGGUGAAUGCCUUUAUCAUCCACACUUUGUUACCGGGACCGUGUCGUGUCUUGUAUCAACAGGUCUACGGUGUUGUAAAACGAGACACAACAGAGACGAGAUCAGCCGAUAGUGAUUUGAGGACAGUUCGUAAACAAACGAUACAGGAAGUGGCAUCCGAGGUACAUUCGGAAUACCAGUUCCGACGAGCUGUCAGUAACAGAACAGUAGAACAAGAUAUGCAGCGCCUCAGUAAUGAGGACACUUUACCGGAAAUGGAGCAGGGAUUCUUACGUCUACCGGAAACUGACAAUAAGAUUGCCGUGUGGCAAGGUACCGGAAAUACGUGCUGUACUCUCGUUUGUAACGAAACUGAGAACCGCAUGUUAGCAGAAAACGUUUUGAAACUUUUGUUAAGAUUUUUACAAGAACAUUUGCGUCUAAUACACCAACCGGUUGAAGUGGUAAACAAACCAGACAAGGUCGCCAUUGUAAUUAACAGAUUUUUACCGAGUGGUCAACUUCUGUUUAUGAACCACAGGAUGGUUAGGCAAUUAGAAAAAGAAAUGGACACGAUGAUGAAACUAUGACCCGUUCUGUUGGUUUUGUUAAUGAUAAUUAAGUUAUUGUUAUUAUUAUUUUGUGAAUCAAUGACAGGAUUGUAUGUUAUCCAUAACAAAGUAAGUUGAUGAAAAGCUUGAUUGCUAGUUUAAUUAUGUAAAAUGUAGAGUCCGUUCCCUAACUAAUCUGACAUUCUUUCAAAAUUGACAUAAUAUAUUAAGGACACAAAUGUAUGUAAAACAAAUCAAAUAAAAAAUAAACUUUAUUUAUUUCACAACAGUUGCCAAACCAUUAUAUCAACUUAUCAAUCACAAAUCGCAAAUCGUGUCGUUUAUAUCCUACUGCAAUGAAUUCUGUUUAAGACUUGUUUACUGUGACGUAUAUGUUUAAUUUAAGACUAUUAAAUAACUAACAGAUGCCUUGUUGUUGUGGAAUAAUAAAUAUCAUUUUCAUCUCGUGUCAGUUUCGGACAUAAUAAAUGUAUCAUUAAUUUCGCAAACAUUUGGGCUUCUGCGACAAUCACAACUUCGAUGUCGGAAAUACCCGAAGAUAUCCAAUUGCUUCCUCUUAAAGACGAGUAACUUGUUUCAUUUUGAGAUUCUGUAAUUUUUCAUAAGUUAUAAUUAUACGAUGCAUAAAAUGAAAAAGGACCGGGAAACAAAGCGUGAAAUUUUAUCAUUUUAUUAUUUAAAUACAAAUGAUACACUUGAUUUUGAUGGAACUGGAUUUAUGUCGCAUUCUGUUGAUACGAAAAUUGGGAGACGCUUCAGCUUAAUGUGAUACACGAUUUCCUUUUUAAGUAAGCAUCAUUGUGAGUAUUCGGCUCAACUCGGCUGAUUCCGGUACCCUUCAUAUGUUUGAGGUAGAUACGGAAUCUGCCGAGAUGUGACGAGUGCACGUGAGAAUUUGUUUGGUAGUUAUCUGGUUUGUAGAAAUAAUCAAUAAAACUAGUUCAAUGGA